AUGAGUACUUUCAACGCUGAGACCGCUGAAAAUCUGGAAGAUAUUGAGAAACAGUUUGCUGUUGUCGCUGUUGAGCAAGCUGAGACCUACUGGAGUCUACUUUCAAAGGUGCCUGGAUCCAAGCUGCGCUUGACUAAGUAUGACGACGAGAUUUAUGAGUCCUUCAUGGAGAUGUUCCCAGAGUACCAAGACGUUGAACGGUUGAAGAAAUUCACUGAGGAUGAGCUGAAAACGAAGGAGGCCAAGGAGAAGUGGAGAAAAUACUGUGCGUUAUUCGAAAAGAAAAUCGAGGACUACAACUUUGGUACGCUGCUGAGAACCGAUGCCGGCGCUGAAUAUGGUCAGUUCACGACUUGCUUCGUCGUCAGGAUCCAGUUUUACGCUUUUGAAGUCGCUAGAAACAAGCAUGGUUUAAACGACUGGGCUGCAGGUCAUAAAUGA